UGUAUUACCGUUUUCUAAAAAAAAGUUAAAACACGUUAAAUCAAGUAGGCAAUGUCGGCUUAGGAUAAGGAUUUUCGAGUAUACUUUUUUAUAAAAUCUGGAAUUAAAAUUAUAAGUAUGUUCGUCUUUCGCCCCACCAUUUUCUUAGGCAAUAUUAAUAUAUGUUUACGCUAUAUAUCACAAUUCCAAACGCCAAAAACAGAUUGUACGCCCUUUGGGCCGCCAAAAAAGGUAGUAGACCCAAAAGCAUGUACUCCCAGGGACAGGGGACUGGUGCUAGGUGUCUACUACAACGAUCAAGUGCCCGGAGACGAUGCAGCGAUCCUUACGGCCAGCGCACAGAAGUAUGAUAAGCAGGUGAAUGGCAAACUUUGGAAAUUGUUGAAACUUACCCCCAUACCAAAACUUGGUGAAAACAGAAUAUUUUACGACGUAGAUCCCAAUUAUGGUUAUGUAUGUGUUUCUGGUUUGGGUUCAGAGUGCUUGGCGUACAGUAGCUCUGAAAGAAUAGAUGAAAGUAAAGAAGCCAUAAGAGUAGCGGCCGGAUCAGCAUGCAAAUCUCUCUUAGCUCUUAAUCCACGAGCUAUUUACUUGGAAUCUUUUGGCAAUGCUGAAUGUGCCGCAGAGGGAGCUGCACUAGGCUGCUGGCAAUUUCGAGAAUAUAGACGUCCCGAGAAAUAUCCUAGUCCACAUGCACCCAAACUGCACUUGUACGAUGAUUGUGAUUUUGAUGGCUGGAACAUUGGGAAAUUGAAAGCUGAAUCACAAAACUUAGCCAGAUAUCUAUCGGAAAUGCCUCCUAACCUUUUGAAUCCUACGGCUUUUGCCACAAUCAUGGUAGAACUGUUGUGUGAGUUAGAUAUAAACGUAGAAAUUAAAACUAAAGGAUGGGCCGCCGCGCACCAAAUGGGAGGGUUUGUAUCGGUGGGUAAAUCAUCUGUACAACCGCCGCUGUAUGUCGAGAUCAGUUACUACGGCGCGGAUGAAUGCACUCGCCCAAUAGUGCUAAUCGGCAAAGGAGUGACGUUUGAUAGCGGCAGUCUGGACUUGAAACCACCCGAUGAGCUGAGAUACAUGAAAGGUGACAUGGCGGGUGCAGCAUGCGUACUGGCCGUCACUAGAGCGGCGGCUAAACUUAAAUUGCCCGUUAAUAUUCGCGGUAUUCUGCCACUUUGCGAACUCAUGCCUAGCGGCAAGAGCCCCAAGUUCGGGGAUAUCGUUUGUAGUGCCACCGGAAAAUCUGUUCGUAUAAGACUUCCUUCGCGAGAAGGACGGCUACUUAUUGCCGACAGUCUAGUAUAUGCGAGAAAUUAUUGGCCCAAGUUCGUUAUUGACGUAGGCACAAUGUCUAAAGAAUUGAUGGCAACGUUAGGCGCCUCGGCUUGCGGGUGCUAUAGUAAUUCAGAUGAACUAUAUUGCUACCUGGACUCAGCCGCUGCGUGCACUGGAGAUCGGAUCUGGCGUAUGCCGUUGUGGAAAUUCUACGAAGAUCGCGUACUGGACGUCCAGUGCGCCGAUGUGGCGAAUACCGGCAGACAUAAAUAUGGAGAUUCACCUAACUGCGCUGCUUUUCUAAAGCAAUUCGUAUGUGACUUCAAGUGGGUCCACCUCGAUACGUACAAUAUCACAUACACCAAAGGACACGAUUUUCCCUACCUGGGUCGCGGUAUGACGGGUCGCCCGACUCGCACGAUCAUUGAGAUGAUGUAUCAGUUGUACGUCGACGCCAAAGUGUAAAAUAAAACCUGUAAAACUUACCUACUGCAUUCCAGAAAUGUUUCCUGACGACUC